GAUAAAGAAUGCAUCAAGGAUGUGCAUGAGCGCAGUAUUACGUAUGAAGGCAACAGGAGCGUUUCAUAAAUUGUGUUUGUCUGAUGAUUAUAAAUUGAUAUUAUUUGUGUUUUGUUAAGACUAAACAAAUAUCAGCAUAUAAGUCAAUGAAAGGAAAAUAUUUAUAAAACAUGUAUUGGGUCAAGAUUUCGUGUAUUUUGUGCAUGUUUGGAUGUUUUAAAGACUUUCGACCUUCGGAAUCAUUUGUGACCGAUUAUUUAACUGGAUGGAAAAACUUUACAGCUAGUGAAGUAAAUCAUGAAAUCUAUCCUGUGACUACAUAUAGCUAUUUAUCGACAUUAAUAAUCAUGUUCCUGAUCACAGAUUUUAUUAGAUAUAAACCUAUCAUAAUACUCUGUGGUCUCUCUGGUAUUAUAAGUUUUCUUCUAAUAAUACUUGGAAAGAUUGUACUGGUUUUGCAAAUAGCCAAAUUCUUUUUUGGCUUAUUUAUGUCCGCGGAAGUGGCUUAUUAUACUUACAUAUAUGCCAAAGUAGAUAAAAAACACUAUCAAGAGGUCACAAGCCACACUAAAGCGGCUUCUUUAUUUGGACGCAGUAUGUCUGGCAUCAUAGCUCAAUUGACAGCUUCUUUCGAUUUACUAAACUAUCAUCAACUUAAUUACCUAACACUUUCAUCUAUUAGCAUUGCGACAGUUUGGUCAUUUUUUUUGCCUCGUGUGGGUCAAUCGAUUUAUUUUCAUCGUGUUAGCGCUUCUGAUGACGAAGAGAAUAAUGCUGCUGCUGUACAACAAACGAUCGAUCAAUCAGGACAACCGAGUAAUCCGCGAAUAUCGUCGUGUGAUAAAAAUGAUAAAACACAAUCAGACACAUUGCUCCACAAAAUCAGGAACGCAUAUGCGCUGUUGUGGAAACACUUCGUGCUAGCUUACACUAAUUAUCGUGUAAUCAAAUGGUCGGCUUGGUGGUCUUUGUCUACUUGCGGUUAUCUUCUGGUUGCUACUUAUUCACAACUGUUGUGGCAAACCGCAGUGAAGCCAGGCGAUAGAAUCUACAAUGGCGCUGUGGAUUUUGCAUACGCGAUUGUAGGUGCAAUGAGCGUAUUUUCUGUUGGGAAAUUACGUUUAAACUGGGCUUUAUUAGGAGAUAUAAUAUGUUCUUUAUUUGCCUUCUUAGAAGGGUGUAUAUUAUUGACAUCCUCUUACAGUUACAACAUUUGGUUCCUGUACACUGGCUAUAUCAUAUUUGGUGUAAUUUAUCACACUAUGGUCACUGUGGCAAGCUUUGAGGUAGCUAAAUGUAUAUCCGAAGAUAGUCAUGGUUUAAUUUUCGGAGUAAACAUAUUUUUUGCGUUAGUGAUGCAAAGUUUACUGACGCUUAUAGUCGUCAAUACGCUCAUGCUGGAUAUUCGACAGCAGUUCCGUGUUUAUAGUGGUUAUUUUAUGAUCUUGGCUGCGAUAUAUAUUGUGUUAGGUAUAUUCAAUAUCCUACGAUACCGAAAUAUAACUCAACGGCGAACUAGAUAGACUUCUAUAUAACAUAUAUCAAUAGAAAAUCAGAGAAUAGAUAUAUUUGUAAUAAUAUAUUUAUAUUUU